CGCGACCACCCAAGCCAGUCGCCCAGUUCAGUUCCUAGAAGCGAGAUGGAAUAUUCACAGCCCAAUCUACUGGGCUUCAUGCUAGCUAACACAAUGAGUGGGCCUUCCAUGGACGCUACUGCCAACGCCACAUCUUCACAUAAUGCCACAUCCACACCCCCGUCCUCGUCCGGGUCCAUAUACUCCCUGCUCUUCUCUCCCGCCCUUUUAAAGUACGCUAAAUGGGUGCUUAUGGGCACCCUCAUCCCCUACCUGCAGCAGAUCUGCACCUGGCUUUACGGAAACGCCCUCUCCUCCAUGUUCGUCUCUGCCUCCUUCACUGAAUACGACGACGCGUACGAGUGGAUGAUGACCUGGUUGGCCAAGCACCCCAAGUGGCGGCAGGCGCGGCAGGUCGAGGUGACCACGCGCCACGGGUGCAACCAUUCCGCGCGCCUGAUACUCGGCGACGAGACGGACCCAACCGCCAGAAACUUUUCCUACAUCCCUGCGUUGACGUCGACGCAGUGGAUGUUCUACCGGGGCCGGUGGAUGACCGUGUGCCGCACGAAGGAUACGACGGGGUGGUACGGCAAGGCGGACGAGACGCUGCACGUGCGCCUCCUCUCGUGGGACCAGCGCGUGCUCACGGCGCUGCUGCGCGACGCGCGCGACCUGUACGAGGCGGACAAGCACAGCACGAUCCAGAUCUACACGAGCGAUGGCGACAACGAGUGGCGCUGCAUCGGGAAGCGCCCAAAGCGGCCCCUGCGCUCGAUCGUGCUCGAGCCGGGCGUGAAGGAGGACCUGCUCGCGGACGCGCGCGAGUUUCUCGACAGCAAGGAGUGGUACAACGACCGCGGGAUCCCGUUUCGCCGCGGGUACCUCCUCUACGGCGCGCCCGGGACGGGCAAGACGAGCCUGAUACAGAGCCUGGCCGGUGAGCUCGGCCUGAACGUGUACAUCGUCACCCUGAGCCGCAGCGGGAUGGACGACUCAGCGCUGUGCCAGCUCGUCGCGGACCUGCCCGAGGAGUGCGUCGCGAUCAUGGAGGACAUCGACGCCGCGUUCCUGCAGGGCAUCAAUCGCGACUCACUGCCCCCCACCGGCUCCGCACCGCCGCCGCCGCCGCCGCAGCAGCAGCAGCAGCAAACCCAAGGCGGAAGCAAGGUGACGCUGAGCGGGCUGCUGAACGCGAUCGACGGUGUGGGCGCGCAGGAAGGGCGCAUCCUCUUCGCGACGACGAACAAGUACCACAGUCUCGACCCCGCGCUGUGCCGCCCGGGGCGGAUGGACAAGCACAUCGAGUUCCGCUUCGCGAGCCGCUACCAGGCGCGCGAGCUCUUCCUUGCGUUCUAUGAGCCGCCGCGGAAGCGCGAGCGGGUGGGAAAGGGACAGCGGCUGGAUGAGCUCGCGGAGCAGUUCGCGGCGGCGAUGCCCGAGCGCGAGUGCUCGAUGGCGACCUUGCAAGGGUACCUGAUGCAGUACAAGACGAGCCCGCGCGACGCAGCACUGAAUGCCGCGGCGUGGGUGGAGGAACAGAGGGAGGAGCAGAAGAGGAGGGAAGCGGGGGCGUGA